GAUAUUUAUUCAAAGGGCCGUUAGUAUAUUCUCACCAUCGUUAACGAAUCUCAUAAAAGACCCAAUGGCACCUUCCUUAUCACCAAUCAGAUCACACCACGUGGCAGUUAUCGGCGCCGGAGCUGCCGGAUUAGUCGCGGCGCGAGAGCUUCGACGGGAAGGUCACUCGGUCGUCGUCUUCGAGAGGCAAAAACAAGUCGGAGGAACUUGGAUCUACACCGAUCAUAUCGAACCCGAUCCUUUAAGCGUUGAUCCGACCCGAUCCGUUGUUCAUUCGAGCGUCUAUGGCUCUCUCCGAACUAAUCUCCCUCGUGAGUGUAUGGGAUACAGAGAUUUCCCGUUCACGAUCCGUUCUGGUGUAUCGGAAUCUAGAGAUCCGAGGAGGUUUCCAAGUCAUAGUGAAGUUUUGGCGUAUUUGCAAGAUUUCGCUAAGGAGUUUGCGAUUGAGGAGAUGAUUCGGUUUGAGACUGCGGUUGUGAAGGUUGCUCCGGCGGUGGACAGUGACGGUGGUGAAGGAAUUGGGAAAUGGAGAAUUGAAUCUAUGGAGAAAGAGAAGAAAGUUCGUUGUGAUGAGAUUUAUGAUGCUGUUGUUGUUUGUAAUGGACAUUAUAUUGAACCUCGUCUCGCUGAAAUUCCUGGUAUAAGUUCUUGGCCAGGGAAGGAGAUGCAUAGUCAUAAUUAUCGUACACCCGAACCGUUUAGAGAUCAGGUUGUUGUGCUUAUAGGGAACUCUGCUAGUGCUGAUGAUAUAAGUAGGGAUAUUGCUAGAGUUGCCAAAGAGGUUCAUGUGGCUUGUAGGUCAAAUGAAGCUGAUACGUUUAUCAAGCGGCCCGGUUACAGUCAUCUAUGGAUGCAUUCAAUGAUUGAGAGUGUCCAUGAGGAUGGUUCAGUGGUUUUUCAGAACGGGAAAACGAUUUCGGUUGAUGUUAUUAUGCAUUGCACUGGGUAUAAGUAUCACUUCCCGUUUCUUGAAACCAAUGGAAAUGUUACUGUAGAUGAUAACCGUGUCGGGCCAUUGUACAAAGACGUCUUCCCUCCAGCCUUUGCACCAUGGCUCUCCUUCAUCGGGAUACCAUGGAAGGUUGUACCUUUUCCUAUGUUUGAGCUGCAGAGCAAGUGGAUCGCGGGUGUUUUGUCAGGUCGGAUCCCACUGCCUUCAAAGGAAGAUAUGCUAAUGGAAAUCAAAACCUUAUACGCAACACUUGAAGCCCAAGGGAUUGCAAAGCGAUAUACUCACCAAAUGGGCAUUACUCAAUUUGAGUACAAUCAUUGGUUGGCUUCACAAUGCGGAUGCUCAGAAACAGAGGAAUGGAGGAAAGAGAUGUAUUUAACGACUGGUGUGAGGAAGAGAGCCCAUCCAGAGACUUAUAGAGACGAAUGGGACGAUCAUCACUUAGUGUCUCAAGCUUAUCAAGAUUUCUCUUUGUACGCAUAAACAAAACAAAAGAGAAGAAAAGAUGGGCACACCGGGCAAUGUAGCUCCAGAAUCGACAAUGUAAGUAUUCCCAGUGACAUAUUGAGAAGAA